GAAGUUACAGCAUUUUUUGACCAAAUGGACAAAAAGUUACGGGCAAAUGAAAAUUUAUUUGACACGAAAACUGAUCUAUAUGGAUCAGAGGUCGCGGUGCAAAUGAUUGAUGCAAAGUUGAGCUCUUUUCAAUCAGAGAUAUCUUCUGUGAGCAAUGUGGUCACGACAUCAGCUACCGAACAUGACUCUGAAAAAAAGGAACAUGAAAGUUUUGUCAAUGUUGAAGCAACAGCAGAUGAAGCCGAGUAUGCUCUCACGAAUCCGGAUAACAAUCGAAUUGUUUCCGAAACUAUACAAACGUCAAGUAGUGCACAAGCUUACGUAUACGACCAAGAAGCAGAUGACGAAGAAAUUGACAAAAUUUUCAUUACUAUUGCAGAUAUCUGA